GUAGCACAACUCUCGCGAUAACUCGAAACACAUGGCCGCCCACAGUGUUUACAACUCGUAAUGAGCUGGUGAAUGGAAACAAAGUCCUUAAGUAGAAGGACGUCGCAUAGACUUAUAUGUUACUCGUACACUCCGGCUGUAAGUGAAACUUUAAUACCGUCGAGGAGAAACGUGUGUAUACCCGAGCAGAACCAAAGGACAAGCGAGCCACAACACAGGCUAGUGGGUGCUGUGAUGUCCUCGACCCCCAGCAGACUCAAACACCCACACUGCAGGAAGAAGCACUAUCCUAGUAGCACUUACCUCACCCACGUCUGACAGCCAACCACUGCACACAAGGCACUUGGACCCCAGGUAGAGGACUUGAUAGAAGAGAUUGAUAAACAGAGAGAGAUGUCUGACUCGGCUGGAAGUGGUGAAAGUGGAGGUGUGGCAGGUGCCGGGCAGGAUGCAGAGGCGGAUAAUGAGCCCCCGCAACAGGCCCCACCUUUACCUCAAAGUGACCACUUAGAGGUGGGGGAGACCUCAGAGUACGGGGCCCCUCCGGCUGCCAAGCGGCUCAAAAUGAGCGGGAAUGAACAGGGGCUGGGACAGGUCACGGAGUCUAUCAAGAUGCACGGAGAAACACCAGCACAGGCUGGCUUGCUACUGGCGGACCCAGCCCCACCAGCACAAGGAGAACCACCACAAUGUGAGGAGAAAGGUCAAGAAGGGGAAGAGGUGCCUGUUAGUCGGGGAGGUGUAGAAGAAUGCCAUGAGAAUGGUGAUGGAGGCCAUGAUACCCACUUGGAAGAAGGAGAGACGAAACCAGAGGAGGAGUGCAAUGCCAACGGAUCUGCAGGCAGCCCCAGUGAAGGACAGCACCUUGGUUUAGAUUUUACCCAGAACCCCCAGAUGCUGACUGGUUCCUGGACUGAGUACUCCAGCCUCCCAGAGAAUUACCUGAAAGGCUGCAAAUGGGCUCCAGAUGGUUCCUGUAUCCUGACUAACAGUGCAGACAACGUGCUCCGUGUGUACAAUCUCCCUCCUGAGAUUUACAGCUACAACUGGGACUUGCUUCCAGAGAUGAGUCCAGUCCUGAGGAUGGCAGAAGGAGAUACCAUCUACGACUACUGCUGGUACCCCAAGAUGAACUCCCUGGAUCCGGACACAUGCUUUCUAGCCAGCAGUAGCCGUGACAACCCAGUCCACGUAUGGGAUGCAUUUUACGGGGAGGUCCGAGCCAGUUUCCGACCCUACAAUCACCUGGAUGAGCUGACAGCAGCUCACUCCCUCUGCUUCUCACCUGAUGGCACACAGCUCUACUGCGGCUUUGACAAAACUGUCAGAGUCUUCUACACUGAGCGUCCUGGCAGAGACUGUGAGGAGCGGCCCACAGUAGUGAAGAAGCAAGGCCAAAGUGGCAUCAUCUCCUGCUUUGGCUUCAGCCCUUGCCAAUCUGUUUACGCCUGCGGCUCUUACUCCCGCUGCGCUGGCCUCUACUCCUGCCAAGACGGCACCCUGCUGGCUCUGCUGCCGACCCGCCACCACGGAGGCCUCACCCAUCUGCUCUUCUCCCCUGACGGCAACUACCUGUACACCGGCGGGCGCAAGGAUCCAGAAAUCCUGUGCUGGGAUUUAAGAGAGCCGGGAAAGGUUGUGUUUUCACUUAGGAGGAACGUUUCCACCAACCAGCGCAUCUACUUUGAUCUGGACCUGUCAGGCAGAUACCUGCUGAGCGGCGACACAGAGGGAGUGGUGUCGGUAUGGGACACCCAGACAGCUCCUCCUGAUGGUAAUGAGGAGUCACUGCAACCUCAACUGAGGUUCCAGGCCCACUGGGACUGCACCAACGGCAUCAGUAUUCAUCCCUUCAUGCCAUUGCUGGCGACCUCCUGUGGCCAGCGGCAGUUCCCCUGGCCGGGCGACAGCGAGGGCGACUCGGCCUCCGACGGUGAGGGAGGUGAGGCUGUGAUGUCACCGCAGGAGAUCCGACAAGACAACACCCUGAGUCUGUGGUGGGCUGGACCACUCAGCCCUGCCGCAGAGGAGGACCAGGAGCCGACCGUGGCGGCGGCGGAGGCCUGAGGCUCUGUUAGUUCAGCCAGCUGACACAAAUGGAGUUACACCUGCCAUGCGAUGUUUAUUUUGGGGGUGUUUACUGUGGAUAAAACUAAUUAUGACUCAGUCUGAUUCUUUUUUCCAUCAGCAACAUGAAAUCCUGAGGUGGAAAAGCAUUACCAGAUCAUCUCUUAAAUAGCCAGUUUACUUACAUGUUACACAUUUCCACACAGUCCAAAUAAAUUUCUGAAAUUGAAUCUUAACAUAUCACCUGCAAGUUUACAAUUAGUACAGUAAUCAGAAGAGUUAAAAUGAAAGGAUUAUGAAACAUUGAACAUUAGGUCAGUUCAGAACAGACUUUCAGGCUUCUGUGUUUGAAGACUUCAUUGUUUUAAUGCCAGUUUGGCAAAUAGGAAUUGGAACUAUAUGCUAAGACUGUGGUCAGUCCUAAAAGCAGGGAGGUUUUAUUUAAAACCUUAUUCAGGUUGAGACAAAAAGUUGGUUGCGUAAGAAGUGGAUUGGGGCCUAAUAUUUCCCAGUUUUGUUACUGAAGAGAAAAUUGUUUGGGGUGUUUUUUUUAUUUUUUAAAGAUGAAUAGUAAUGAAUCUUUUAUGAAAUCCUUGUUUACCUAUUUAUGUGGAAUCCUUCGAGAAUCGGAUGAAGUUGGUUGAAUUCAAAGUCUUGACUGUGGUGUGAAGCGGCCCAGUGUUUAUCUACUGAUCGCACCUCCGAUCUGAGUUGUAUUUGUGGGAGUGUUUGUUUACGCGUGUGUGGCUGUAACGCUGCCCCGGAGAUUCUUACCUGCUAUAGUUACAGUAAGUGCCAUUUGUUCUCGAGCUUUGCUUUUGUAAACCGAUGGGAUCUCCUGUUUUUACCUUCUUUUUUAAACUUUGGACGCACCAAGUCGUGUCGCUCUGUGCAUGCCCACAAAAUGUAUAUUUUUGUAAAGCCAUGAUGUUAAUUCUAGUUUUCGAAUGUAUACUCUGUAAGCAGCUAGCUUGAUUACUGUAACCUCAUAACAAUCUGUGAAAGUCUUUAAUUAGUGGGUGAACCUGGAGCGAUGUCUAUUAUUUUUUCUACAGGAUGUGCUCAGAUUACAUUUGUACCUGUGUGAGUGAUCGUGUGGCAGCACAAAACCCAUUGUGUUGAAUAAUUGCAUUAAUAAUGUACUGCGGUGAUUUGCUCAAUGCUUAUGUUGCCAUCAGUGGGGUGUGCUUUGCUGUAGGGUUUCUGUGCAAGUUGAUCAGAGGCUCAGCACACUCCAACCCAAAGCCUUGUAUCUUUAGACACUGAUAAAUCUAUUAAUUUUGACGCCUCUGCUGAUUCAGGUUUCACUUCUUGGAACUCAAAUUUGUUGCCAAGCAAUAGUAGCUACAAUCUGGUAGCUAUUAUUGCACAAUAAUAUACAGAUUUAUGCUCUACCAGGAAGCACUAGGAACCAUGUAGGCCUUGAUGUCAUGCAAAUCUCUAGAUAGACGGCUGUGUCUGCAACAGGUGGCUUUCUGGUGGUUUUAUUCAAGCAGGAUUGAAUUAAAAGCAUAUCUCUUCACAGA